AUGGCCAUGGCUGAGCGGCCACGGCCCGGGUGGGCCUCGUAUCACAGCUCCAACACCAACAGCUGUCAGGACCUGGGCAACUCCAUCCUAUUGCUCCUGGGCCUCAUCAUCUGCAUUAAUAUUAGCAUCAAUAUGGUGACGCUGCUCUGGCGCCGACUCCGUGGCUUCUUACACCAAGUGUUCCAUAUUGUUUAUGAGAAAGAAGCUUCUAAGUCAUCCUCACCGGGGAAGCAGCCCCAGCCUCCGAGGCAGAGCGCCCCUGCAGUCCACCUCCGAUGCACCAUGGACCCUGUGAAAAUGACCGUGACCCCCCCACCCACUCGCCGCCCCCGCCCCCGGGGCCCUUCAGGCCGCCGUGCCCACCGCCCAGUAGCCUGGGCCCCCGAAAUGGACGACGACGAGAAGCCCCCACACCAGCACCCGGCAGUCUGCUCCCACCACUGGGAUCAGCCGGCAGACUGGCAGGGCUUCCAGUCCAGCCAGAGGUUCUGGGCUCCCUGGCCCCAGGAUGCCGUGGAGCCCCCGCCCCAGACCAUUCGCUUCCAGCAGACCAUAGGAGGAAGGCCCCUCAAAGGGGAGAUGCGGUCAGAGCUGGGCCUCGAGGCCUACGUGUACCCGGUGAACCCCCCGCCCCCAGGCCCACAGGCCCUGAGCCACAAGAACAGCGGGGCGGGGGCCCAGGCCGAGCCGGAACGGUGUGCCCCCACCCCGCCAGCCCUGCCGCCCCUCCGGGGCCCGGCCAUUGUCCCUGACAUCCCCCGGCGCCACUCCUCGGGCCGCGUGGUCUACGACGCCCGAGACGUGAGGCGGCGGCUCCGGGAGCUGACCCGCGAGGUGGAGGCCCUGUCCCACUGUUACCCCCUGGGCUCCCCAUCCAGCAACGUGGCUGAGGGCAUGGGCAAGGACUGGGUAUACCGUUCUGUGGCAGAGAGGUGA